GAAAAUGCAAUGAGAUUUCGGUUCUGAAAAGCUUUAUCUGUCUAUUGAAAAUCUUUGUGAAGAAAGAACUGACUUUUGAUCAUAUUUUUUAAAAAUGUUUGUGAAUCUGCAAUCAUGUUUCAUGUUUAUUUUUCUGAUGAGUUCGUUCAAUAUAUGUUCAUGUAAUCCUGUGUGCUAUGAUGGGUAUUCCUUGUUACGCAUUACACCUACUACAGAAAAACAAUUGAAAUGCUUAUUAGACAUUCAUUCUAAAUAUCCGGAAGAUCUGGUGUUUUGGCUUCGCACUUCUGCUGUCAAUCAUUCGGCCGACUUAAUGGUAGAACCAAAAAUCAAAGCAUUGUUCAUCAAACAACUGGCAUCUCUUCGAAUGCCUUAUAAAGUUCUAAUUCCUGAUAUAGGAAAAAUAAUCAAAGAAGAGAAUGUGACACCUGAAGAGAGAGCAAAGUUAGGGUUCUUUGAAGUAUAUAGGAGUUUUGUUGAGAUAGACCAUUAUAUUGAAGAUCUAGCUUACAGAUUCCCAGAAUGUGUGUCCUUAAUACCGUAUGGCUUAUCCUCUGAAGGUAGAACUCUCCAACUUCUUCGAAUAUCUUCGAAUCCAGCAGAAAGGAAACCAGCCAUCUGGAUUCAAGGAGGGACUCACGCAAGAGAAUUUAUCAGUCCUGCAACAGUUCUAUAUAUUGCUACUAAACUUGCUUGCUUAUGCGAGAAGGAGAAUGAAGAGUCCUAUGAGUUGCUGAACUCUUUCGAUUGGUAUAUUCUGCCACUUAUGAAUCCUGACGGCUACGAUUACGCCCAGAAUACCGAUCGUCUGUGGAGAAAGACUCGCUCUCGAUAUCCAAAUGCUGAAAAUUGUGUCGGAGUUGAUCCAAACAGAAACUGGGAUAUAAAAUGGAGUGACGCUUCAGGCGCAAGUUUAAGACCUUGUUCUGACUUCUACGCAGGACCCACAGCUUUUUCGGAGCCGGAAACGAGAUCCAUUAGCGAUUUUAUGUUGGAUAAUUUAAAAGGACGUUUAAUACUAUUUCUUGACGUUCAUAGUUACUCUCAAAAGUUAUCGUAUCCAUACGGAUAUACGACCGAAUUACCCUCAAAUUUCUAUGAACAGAGACGUCUGGCUGAAGUAGCGAUUCGAGCUAUGGAAUCGGUGAAUGGGACAAAAUUCACAACUGGAUCGACUGAAAUGACCACAUAUACCAUUACAGGAAGUACCAGAGAUUGGGUCUUUGACGUGAUGUGUCCCAAAUAUGCAUACGUUCUCGAAUUGAGGGACAAAGGUAGAUUCGGCUUUCUUCUGCCUACACGUUUCAUUUUGCCUACAGCGAAGGAGACGUGGGAAGGCGUCAAAGCUAUUGGAUUCGAUUUGGCUGAAAAGUUGUAUUACGACUCUUUUAAAAUGUCUGUGUACUUGCAAGCCUGUUUCAUAUUUCCUUUUUUGAUGAGCUGGUUUAAUAUAUUUUUAUGUAAUCAAGUAUGUUAUGAUGGAUAUUCCCUGUUACGUAUUACACCUACAACAGAAUCGCAAUUAAAAAGCUUAUCUGAUCUUCAUGCUAAACAUGUUGAUGAACUAGAGUUUUGGCUUCGUACAACUGCUGUUAAUCAUUCGGCCGAUGUACUGGUAAAACCAAAUAUUAAAUAUUUCCUAGUUAGACAGCUGGCCUUACUUCGAAUGCCUUAUGAAAUUCUCAUUGAUGACAUAGGAAAAAAAAUUAAAGAAGAUAAAGUAUCUCCUGAAGAGAGAGCGAAACUAGGGUUCUUCGAAGUGUAUCCAAGUAUAGAAGAGAUCCACGAAUAUAUUCAAGACUUAAUUGACAAGUAUCCAGAAUGUUUGUCUUUAAUACCUUUCGGCAAGUCUUUUGAAGGUAGACUUCUUCAAAUACUUCGAAUAUCUUCAAAUCCGUUUGAAACGAAACCUGUUAUAUGGAUUCAAGGAGGAGCUCACGCAAGGGAGCAGAUUGGCCCUGCAACAGUGGUCUAUAUUGCAACUAAACUUGCUUGUCUAUGUGAUAAAGAGAGCGAAGAAAUUUAUGAAUUGUUGAACUCUUUUGAUUGGUACGUUCUGCCCAUUCUAAAUCCUGACGGCUACGAGUAUGCUCAGAGUACAGAUCGCUUGUGGAGGAAGACACGUUCUCGUCAUACGAAUGCUCAGAACUGUAUCGGAGUUGAUGCAAACAGAAAUUGGGAUAUAAAAUGGAGCGAUACCACAGGAUCGAGUUCAAGACCUUGUUCUGACUACUAUGCAGGACCCUCAGCUUUUUCGGAACCGGAAACGAAGGCUGUAAGCGAAUUCAUGCUGGAUAACUUAAAGGGACGUUUAGUGUUAUUUCUCGACUUUCAUAGUUACUCUCAAAGAUGGCUUACUCCAUACGGAUAUUCUAUGAAAUUACCCCCAAAUUACCAAGAACAGAAACGACUGGCUGAGGUAGGGACUCGAGCUUUGGAACUGAUGAACGGAACGAAGUAUACCACGGGAUCGACUGGUAACAUCAUGUAUACGGUUACCGGAGGUGCCAGAGAUUGGGUCUAUGAUGUGAUAUGCGCCAAUUAUUCCUAUGUUGUCGAGUUGCGAGACAAAGGGGAAUUCGGCUUCCUUCUGCCAAGACGUUUCAUUUUGCCUACAGCGACGGAGACGUGGGAAGGCGUCAAAGCUAUGGGACUCGACAUGGCUGGAAAGACGAAUUUUGACUCAGAUUACAUGUAGUCGUUCUACAUGUGAUGCAUAAAUAAUAAAGAUAAAUGAUUUUUAAU